AUGGACUCACAUCGGUGUCAUCAUUGUGGUAGUAUAGGACACAAGAAGUUUGAUUGCACUGAGAGAUGUCGCGUUGGUUGUAAAUGGUGUGAAAAUCCACCUGUUCGCAGACCUCCUGCUUCUAGUAAAAUGAAUUCAGAUACGCUCUUACUUAGAGAGGCUAAUAUCAGAAGUACACUUACGAUAGAUCAACAAAAUGUUAUGCAAUUGGGACCGAAUAAUUUACCACAACUUGGAUCCAAUACAAUUAAAUUAGUUCCUAGUAAUAUUGGAGUCGGAACAAAUGGUGGUGUGCAUCCAGUAGGAGGAGCUUCAUCAUCAGGAGGAACAGGACAAAAUGUUGGAUCUUUUGGUCAAAACACGGCUAUUUCUACUAUACACUUGGGAACAACGACAGCGAAUCUUUCCAUUCUUAAGCCUCAGAAUAUCGGUUCUUUAGUUCCUACAAUUUUAAACCAGGCUACUAUGCAACCACUUGUUGCCAAAUCAAUUGCCACAACCUGGCCUACUACACAACAAUCAUCACAGCCACAGCAGCAGCAAGUCUCUAUAAUUCCUUUUAAUUUACAGCAGUCAGCAUCUAUAGUUACAAGUGGACAGCCGCAUAAUCAAUUUCCACAAUCGCAGAUUCAAUUGUUAAAUGGUGGAAAUUCAGGAUAUCAAUCUUUAUCUACGUCAAACUUACCUCCACACAGUAAUAACUCUAGUAAUAAUAGCAAGUUGUUAAUGUUCUCACAGAAUCAGGUUUCAUUGGACCAAUCAAAAGAAAAAAUAUCGGCUUCCUUAACAUAUCCUCCACAACCGAGUCAACAGAUAAUUGAAAACAAUACGUUGGAAUUGGAGACUCAAAGAAAAAAUGAAUCCUCUCAGGAAGGGCCCACGUUAUCAGCUGCUGCUUUUUCAAUAAAUAAGGAACAAGAAUCAAAUGGCAUUAUAGCUGAAAAACAAGGAGUUCAAGAGUCUAAAGAGUUAAAGUCUAUUAGAGAAAGAAAACCUGGCGAGACAAAUUUAGAAAUUAUUAGUAAGCUUCAAUUGGUGAAGAACAAUAACUGA